AUGUUUACCCUCCAACGCUUCAUUGUAUCGGCAUUGCUGAUCUUAGCUAUCACCAUCGCCUUCCUUUCCCAACCCGCCGAGGCCGUCAAGGGACCUAAGAUCACCCACAAGGUCUACUUCGAUGUCAGCCAUGGCGAUAAGCCCAUGGGCCGCAUUGUGAUGGGAUUGUACGGCAAGACCGUCCCCAAGACCGUGGAGAACUUCCGUGCCCUGGCUACAGGAGAGAAGGGAUUCGGAUACCAAGACUCGACCUUCCACCGUGUUAUCAAGAGCUUCAUGAUCCAGGGCGGUGAUUUCACCAAGGGCGAUGGCACUGGCGGAAAGUCCAUUUACGGGGACCGCUUCGCAGACGAGAACUUCAAGCUCAAGCACUCCAAGGUCGGUCUCUUGUCCAUGGCCAACGCUGGACCGGACACCAACGGCUCCCAAUUCUUCAUCACCACCUCCACCCCAGGCCACCUCAACGGCAAGCAUGUAGUGUUCGGCGAAGUUCUCGAGGGCUACGAGAUCGUCCAGCAGAUUGAGGACGUGCCCAAGGGCCCCGGCGACAAGCCCAAAGAGGCUGUAAAGAUCACAAAGAGCGGCGAGCUCCCCGUGCCAGAAGAAGCUGAGUUCGGAGAGGCGGAAUAUAACGAAGGCGAGGGCGAGGACGACGAUUCUACUGCUGCUUCUUCUUCUUCCUCGGCCGCCGCCGACAAGACCUCUGAUGGUGUUCCCGUUGUGCCGUCCACGCCCGAGACGGAGGAUGCCGUUGGCGAGUCUGGGUACAGCCUGUUGCAGAUGGGCUUUUUCCUGGCCGUGAUCGUGGCCUGCGUGCUGGUUUGGAUGCGGGUCAAUGGUAAGAGGACGAAGCGUUACGGGGAGAAAAGCAUGGCGUGA